AUGCAGAAUAUUCUGAUCACAGCAUCCAGCGGUAAUAUAGGUGCUCAGUUGAUCCGAAAGCUUCUCGCCACGAACGCCGUGCAUCUGGUACUCGUAACCAGUAGUACUGAGAAAUUAAGUUCCUUCGCGAACUCCAAUGCCGUAACGAUUGUGGAGGGGCCUCUCUCGGAUCCACAAUGGGUGGAAACACAGCUCAAGGUACACAAGAUUGAUACAGUCUUUCUCUAUCUUUUUGGCAUCGAAGAAUUAUUUACAGUAUUCAAUUUCUUGAAUGCUCUCCAAAGAUCGCCGAAUGUCAAACAUGUUGUAUAUCCCUCCGCUUGUGGUGACUUCAUUGGCAAACCCGAAAACACGGUCGGUUGGAUGUGUGCUCACACAAAAAUAAAACCACCCGUCGAGAUUGCGUUACGACACAUCAUGUCAUUCACUCAUACUGUUAUUGGGCCGACAUUAUUCUUUGAGAACGAUAAUAAAUUCAAAGAUGCUAUUCUCCAAGGGAGACGGUGGGUCGAGCCUCUCGGCGAGAAAGGAGCUAGCAGAGUCGCCGUCGCUGAUGUUGCCGACGCUGUAUUUAUUGCCCUUCUUGAUCAAGGUCGCAAGUGGGAUGGAACUAAAAUCAAUAUUGGGACAUUAAAACAGUACGCUGGCGCAGAAAGCGCAAAGCUUUGGAGUAAUGCAUUAGAUUUCCAUAUUCAAGCUGUUCCCAGCAACCAAGAAAGCCUAGAUAUGUUGGAGAAGGAAUUUCGAAAGAAACUUGAGCCUGUUUGGGCCAGGGAUUUAACUUUGCUAUAUAAAGGCAUUAUCUCUACAGGGUUUGGAAUAUCUGAAGAGGAAUAUCAAUUGCAAGUCAAGCUCUUGGGCCGUAAACCAGCCAAGUACGAAGAUUAUGUUGUGAAGCUAGUACAAACGGCUGGGUGA